AUGAUUUUAUUUAGUGUCUCUAUAAGUUUAGCAAGUGAUGAAGAUCUAAAUAGUAAUGGAGAUGUAGAUUGUUAUAGUAGUUGCGUAGAUGAAAAUAGAGAUGUCUGUAAAACCGAAUGGCAACAAUGUGUAUCAUUAAUGGAGCGUUGUAGAACUAACUGUGAUAAAACUUCUAAAAAAAUGAUACAAAUGAAUUAA